AUGACAUACUGUACAUACAUCAUGAAGGACGAAUCAUUGAUCAAGAAGAGAUUUAGUUUCAGUAAAAUCGGAUUAAAUGGGUUCCUCGGCAUGUUUUAACCUCUGGUUUUAACUCGACGACAUGAUAGGUAUAAAGUUGUGACGCUCCUGCCCUGCAUGGUUUUAGUGACUUUUGGCCUCCAGGCUAAAAUGGGUCGUUGUACCUGUCGAAAAGACAUAAUGUAAUGGGUAUUCUUCGACAAUUAAACAGACUCCAACAGGAGUGACACCGGAGAGAGCAGGAACUGGUUCUCUCGCCUCGCCGGUGCUGCUGCUGCUGCUGCAACACCUUGAACCCACAGCUGACUCACGACACGGCCCACUCCUGAUUCUGCUGGAAUAACACACCACUGUGACCUGCUUUUCACACAACUUGAAAAGGCUUUAACACUUGGAGAGAGCACAGCCUCCUCGCCAAUGGCAAGUCCGGCUGCAGUGAUAGGACCGUCUCAUCAGCAUCCCCCUCUGACCGAGUCCGCUGCAGACUCUGCGUUUCAGGAGGCACAGAAAUGGAUAGAGGCUGUGACAGGAAGAUGCUUUGGUGACAAGGACUUUAGAGGAGGCUUGGAGAAUGGGAUACUGCUGUGCGAGUUGCUCAGCUCCAUUAAACCCUGCCUGGUGAAGAAAAUCAACAGACUUCCAACACCAAUAGCUGGCCUGGACAACCUGAGUGUGUUUCUGCGAGGCUGUGAGGAGUUGGGACUGAAAGGCUCCCAGCUGUUUGACCCUGGAGACCUGCAGGACACGUCGACACGCCCCACUGCCAAGGGAAGUGACUGCGGCCGAAAGCUCAAGAAUGUUCUAAUCACCAUCUACUGGUUGGGUCGAGCUGCCAACGGAUGCACCUCCUACAACGGGCCCACGCUGGACCUGAAAGAGUUUGAGGGCCUACUGUCACAGAUGAGAAAGGAGGCGGAGGAGGCAGAGAGCCCUAAACGUAACAUCCGAGACAGCGGCUACAUCGACUGCUGGGACUCUGAGCGCAGUGACUCUCUCUCCCCGCCACGGCACGGCCGCGAGGACUCGUUCGACAGUCUGGACUCCUUCGGCUCACGCUCACGACAGACCCCGUCACCGGACGUCCUGGUCACCCGCGGCAGCAGUGAUGGCCGCGGCAGUGACUCAGAGUCCGACGGCCCGCCCCACAGGAAGAUACCAGAUGUCCGAAAAGACGACAUGCUGGCACGGCGGACAUCCAUCAGUGAGCCUAAAACCGCCAUGCCCUUUAACCAGUACCUGCCUAACAAGAGCAACCAGAGUGGAUACAUGCCCACGCCACUCCGCAAGAAGAGGAACGACAAAGAGGAGGGAGCACGCAAGAGCUGGAGCACUGCAACUUCCCCUGUAGGGGGAGAGAGACCACUGAGGAGUGUGAGUAUGAUCGACAUGCGUGGGGAGGAAGAUUCAUUAAUGCAGCCCCACAGUCAGGUGCGUCAUGAACUGAUGCACAACCAGUACAACAAGAUGAAAGAAGAGGAGGAUCACUGGCAGGAUGACCUGGCCCGGUGGAAAAAUCGGAGGAGGAGUAUUUCCCAGGACCUCAUCAAGAAGGAGGAGGAGAGGAAAAUGAUGGAGAACUUGAUGUCAGGAGACCCCUGUAUCGCAGUGAGGAGGAGAAGCAUCAAGACCUACAGAGAGAUAGUGGAGGACAAAGAGCGACGUGAGGAGGAUCUUCGCAAUGCCUACAGACGAGCCAGAACCCCUGAUGAGGCGUCAUCCAUCCUCCAACGUUACGCCCAGCGUUUCUCCAUCAGUGAAUCGGUGCUGGAGCGCCUACAGCUGCCAAAGCUGCUGGACCGCAGCAUAUCUGCUGAUCCCUCCUAUCCCUGCUCGCCCUUCCCUCUCUCCCUGUCCCCCUCCCCGAUGACCCCAGACCCCUUCGACAUGGACCCCAACGGGCCCAUGAAAUAUCUGCGCCAGCAGUCAGCUCCGGCUCCCAAGUUCACGUCCACACUGGAGGCGCGAAUCGAGGAGUUUCCCAAAGACUCCUCACACCAGCGGCCUCAGAUCCGUUCUCGCUCGUCCGAGCCACCAUCCAAUAGAGGCCUGUCGCCAAAACCGGUGCCUUUGCUGACGCCCAAGCCUUACUUCCAGUCUCGACCCACAGCGGCUGAUUGGCCUAACAAGGGCGAUGGUUUGCUUCGAGUCAACGGCGACAUAGGAAGUGCUCCAACCUCGCCUGAAAGUCAAGGAAGGGAAUCUCCACCUCAGUUCCAGGCUUCCCCUUCCCAAACCACCAACAGCACGGUGGACGCUCCCUCGUCAGCAGCCGUAACAACGCACAGUCCACCUGCCUCAACUGUAGGAGAAAGCUCGGUGUCAACAAAGACAAAGGAGGCACCGAGAGGAACAGAGACUGUCUCUAAGGACAACCGAGAAGAAAAAGUCAUCGAGCAUUCAUCACCCAGCCGGCCCACCUCGCUCCCAUCGGAGCUGCAGAAGCCAGAAGAGAGCUUUGUGAAGUCCGGAAAGCAGUCUGUAACUGCCCCAGAAAAGUCCAACACUGCAGCUCAGCAAAGGAUGACUGCAGAAGCCAAAAGAGAUCAAAUAAAAUCUGAACCAUCAGGUCAGAAAACCCAAAACCCUGUCCAGCUAGGAGCAAACAAACAACAAACUCAGCAAGUCUCUUUACAGACAAACGUUCCCGGCUCCCAAGAGUCGUCACAUAGGAAGGAGGAUUUACCGAGCUUGGCUGCACCGGGAUCGUUUGGAUAUCACCCACCAAAGGAGACAACAGCAGAGUUUGAAAACACUGUCAGGUCUCCUCUGGCAACCAGCAACCCUAAGUUACGCUGGGAGUUCUUCGCUCCACCAGAAGGGACAGAGAAGGAUUACAGAGGAAACGAGAAGUACCGGCGCGAGCAGGAGAAGCUGAAGGAGGAGUGGGAGAAGGCACAGAGGGAGGUGGCAGAAGAGGAAAGGAAGUAUCACGAGGAGGAGCGCAGAAUCCUGGAGGAAACUGUGGCCCCUCUGACUCCCCGCUCCUCUGCCCUGCCCUCUCCCAGCCGAGGGGAGCUGUCCUCAACCCCGGCCCCACAGGACACCAUCGUCCGCUCGCUGGCGGACUGGGAACGCAAGCAGGAGCUUCUGGAGAGGCAGUCGAAGGGGAGCACAGAGAGCGUGGAGUGGAGAAGAAGAGAAAAUGACAGGACCAGUGACAUCAGCACUGCUGACGACAGCAUGAAAACAGCCAGGAGCUCGGUGAGCCAGAGCAACAGUCAGCCAGAAACGUUCAGUCACAACCUGCAGAACGGCCAAAAACUUCCCCAGAUGUCUGCCAAAUCCUCGACUCCUGUGAAGAAACAACAGCAACCAACAGCUGACGGGGGCAAGCCCGGCCGGCCUGCAGGAGACAGGAGGAUUGGUCCCAUUGAUAAUAACAAGGGACACAGCCCAUCCAAACCCCCCGCAGCAUGUCCACCACCUCCAGACACACUGCCUCCAGCACCCAACAGGUCUGUCAGCGGGAAGAAGCUCUGCUCCAGCUGUGGGCAGCCGUUAGGAAAAGGAGCGGCCAUGAUCAUAGAGACGCUCAGCCUCUACUUCCACAUUCAGUGCUUUAAGUGUGGGGUGUGUAAGGGACAGUUAGGCGACACGACCACAGGGACAGACGUCCGGAUCCGAAACGGCCUCCUCAACUGCCACCAGUGCUACAUCCGCUCCCGCUCGGCCGGACAACCAACCACGUUGUGACGCUCAACAGAAAGCACAAGGUUCACGGAUGAAACCCCCGUCUCUUUUUAAAACCGAUUAUCUGCAAAUCAUGUCCUUCACAGCGUGUCGGGAUCUUUGCAUCCUCUGCAGUUCAAUAACCAAUGAAGAUUCAUCACGGUGGGGAGGCAAACGGGGAUCUGGGGACAGUCUCAAGAAAAAAAAUAUCUAUUCUUCGUGUUUAUGUCAUCUAAUACGUGAGUGGAAUCUGGAUUUGAUUGGUCCAUGCACCACCACCACCACCACCACAGACUCUGUUUCAUUGUGCAGAGAGUGAGUAGGAGGGAGACUCUUCUGGGGUGGGGCCUUGUUGGAAACACAAUAACAUCCUCGUCAUGCAUUGAACACAGGUAGGCUGUACAGAGUGGACUCUCAGAACCAAAACGUGGUGUUCAGGGCUCCUUCAAGAAGAAUCCGAUUCUAUUUCUCUGGUUGGAUCAAACAUUUACCUUCAAAUUCCAUAUAAUGGAAAUGCAGUAUAUCAAAGGAAUCACUUUUUUAUCAUGAAGAAAGAUUUUCUUAUUGAGUAGUGAUCAAAAUAAAGAACUGGAGUGAAAACUGGACAUGUGGUGAGGCAGCUCAGACUGGAUCUUUUUAGUUUCUAAUAACAGGCUGGAUCUACAAACAGUAAUCAACGCCCCCUCACAGACAUAAACUACUAAAUACAAACAAACAAACUAAAUAAAGUGCUUCAAAGGUCACUCUAAACCCUCUUUUUGAUUUAAAAGACACUACUUACAAUUAUCCCAUCUCCCGGUUCUUCACAGUGACCUCCCGUGUCCUCUCUCUCAUGUGCUCUUUAAUAAAUCAGCUUCUUAUUUACACACAUAUUAUGGAUGUAGUUUCAUCAUUAGGGCAAUAACAAGACUCGUGAGCUGUGUCUGUGGUUUUCGGGUCACAGCGGGUUGCUCCUCGCUCAGCUCGGAAAGUCAGGACUUCAAUGUGCCUUAGAGGAAAAGCAAGGUGAUGCAGGAAUGAAAACAAACACCAGCUGUUUGGUGUUUCUUUCUUCUUUUCUUUCUUUUUUUGUUGAAGGUGUAGGGAGGGAUUUUGGCCAAAUUUGAACUCUUAAACUGCAGACACACACGCUGCGGCCCUCCCUGACAUCACGCUUUACUUCAGUGGAUAAGCACUUCUUUUAUUUGACAUAAGAAUCACCCUUUACUUUCCCCUGUCUGUGAUUUUCUCAGAGCUUUGCAGUGACAGAAACAAGCAGGUCGGAGGAACACACUUGUUGUCUAUUUGGAGAAAUAAAGAGUAUGUUAUCAUCAGGCCGGGGGAAACCAUUGAUUUAACUUUGAAUGUUUUAUUCUAGAGCGAAAUAGAUUCUGUAAGCUAUUAAUGAGGUAAUUUUGAUAUAUGCUCCGUGGUAGGAUUCAUUUCUAAAGAUUAAAAAAGACAAACAUCGACAGUACAUGUUACAACCAGUGAAGCCGCAGAGGUAAUAUGAACAAACUUACCAGCAGCAGUUGCACUUGUGCAAUAUCGGGUUGGAUGAGAACUACAGAUCCGUGCUGCCAUCUGCACAUUGAACUCACUUGCCUCUUUUUUUUUCUUUCUUUUGAACUCGUAAGAGAGAUUGGUUAUGUAUCGUGGAUGUUUAAAAAAAAAAAAUGCACGUUAAGCCUAAAACCAAAUGAUUUGCUGUAUGAAAGCAAACUAGCAGCCUCUUCCUCCUCCUUUAGCAAAGCUUCUCCUCUGGGUUCAUUUCUCUGAUCUACAGUAUUUUUAAGCUUCUGUUCCGAUUGUGUAUUUUUAUUUUUUAUCCUCAUUUAGUUCUUAAAUAAAUCUCAGCUGAGUCUCUUAUAGCGGGAUCUUUGAGACGGAGCUCUAUAUCCAGACGGUCUUCUUAACAGGAUAGUUGGGGAAUGAAACCUUUUAUGUCUGUUCUGUAUUUAUUGUAAUAUUCACCUGAACACUAUCCGAAAUAUAGAUACAUUUGAUGUUUAAAUGCAAUGGCAUUUAUAGCAUACUGUAUGUUUAUAAAUAAAAUGUUAUACAUUCAAA